AUGCAAGCAAUUGUGGGUCAUAACGGCGCACCCUCGGCAGAGACAAUGUAUCUGUUCAAUGGGGAUAUCGUCGACCGAGGCCCAUACUCUUGCGAAUGCAUUCUGCUGGUCUUCACGUUGAAGAUUCAAUUCCCGAAGUUCGUGUUUGUCAAUAGAGGCAAUCACGAAAGUGAGCCCAUCAACCGAGAAGAGGGUUUCUUUCACGAAACGCAACUGAGGGUAGGCAAAGAGGUUCUCCAACUAAUCCACAAAUGCUUCAGAAGCAUCCCUCUGGCAAUGGAGUUUGAGACGGACGACGGGAAGUCUUUUUUUGUCAUCCACGGCGGGCUCUCAGUGCAAGAAGACGGAACGCCGGCUUCGCUUCAAGACAUGCAGAGUAUACAAAGAAGACUUGACCCGACGAAGGGGCGAGACCUCAUGACGCAACUGUUGUGGAAUGAUCCCUCCCAGGAUCGCGGGGUGACAAAAAGCGCUCGACCUGGCUGGGGCUUGCAGUACGGGCCUGACAUCACGGAUAAAUUCCUCAAGAAGCAUGGCUACAAAUUCGUUGUUCGGAGUCAUCAAGAAAUACCAGGAGGGUUCAAUGAGAAUGACUGCUGUAUUACCAUAUACUCGGCCAACAGGGAAUGCGCAACGUCAUUAGAGAUUGGAAAAAACGGACAUCAUAAGUGA